UUUUAUUGCGAAAAAUCCGUGUGACCGGAAGUGACGCAGGCGGCUCGCGGCUCGGGACAGUGACAUACAAAUAUCAGAUCUCAGACUGAUCAGAGUGAUCGAUCAGUGACCGGAGUGAUCAGCUGAUGGCGGCGGCAGUUUCCGCGAACUUCCUCCACAUGUUGCGCUCUGUAUGACGCCGCAGCAGCACUUUGUGACCCAAACAGCUGAUGUACAGUCCAGAGCAGCAGGUAGCAGACGGUCUGCUGCAGGGAGGGCCGGCUCUCGUCAUGGAGAAUGGACAGACCACCACCAAGCUGGGCCUGCCGCCGCUCACCGCCAACCAGCAGGAGGCGCUGCAGAAGGCGAAGAAGUACGCCAUGGAGCAGAGCAUCAAGAGCGUCCUGGUGAAACAGACUCUGGCCCAACAGCAGCAGCUCACCAGCCUGCAGAUGGCGUCUCUGACGAUGGGUUUGGGAGACGCUCUGUCUCCUCUACAGUCGGUGGCCGCUCAGCGCCAGCGAGCGCUCGCCAUCAUGUGUCGAGUUUAUGUGGGCUCCAUCUACUACGAGCUGGGAGAGGACACCAUCAGACAGGCCUUCGCACCCUUCGGACCAAUCAAAAGCAUCGACAUGUCCUGGGACUCUGUCACCAUGAAACACAAGGGUUUUGCCUUCGUGGAGUAUGAGAUGCCGGAGGCGGCUCAGCUGGCUCUGGAGCAGAUGAACUCUGUCGUCCUUGGAGGCAGAAACAUCAAGGUGGGGCGGCCCAGUAACAUCGGCCAGGCUCAGCCAAUCAUCGACCAGCUUGCGGAGGAAGCGCGUGCCUUCAACAGGAUCUACGUGGCGUCGGUGCACCCCGACCUCUCUGACGAUGACAUCAAGAGUGUCUUCGAGGCCUUUGGCAAAAUCAAGUCCUGCAUGCUGUCCCGAGAGCCGACCACAGGACGCCAUAAAGGCUACGGCUUCAUCGAGUACGACAAGGCCCAGUCUUCACAGGAUGCUGUGGCCUCCAUGAACCUGUUUGAUCUCGGGGGUCAGUACCUGCGGGUGGGGAAGGCCGUGACUCCGCCCAUGCCCCUCCUCACGCCGAUGGCCCCAGGAGGCCUCCCUGCCGCCGCUGCCGUGGCAGCUGCCGCCGCCACCGCUAAGAUCACUGCUCAGGAGGUGGUGGGAGCGUCGGUGCUCGGAGCUCUGGCUGGACCGGCGCUCCUCUCUCAGCAGCUGGGAGGACUUCCUCAGGCUGUCAUGGCUGCUCAGGCUCCAGGUGUCAUCACAGGCGUGACCCCGGCACGAACCGGCCUGCCUCAGGUGGGUCUGGUGAACCCGGUGCUGGCCACGCCCCCGGCACCGGCGGCCCCUUUCAGUGUCGAGGUGAAGAGAAAUGAGGAGGAGGAGCUUCAGCAGGAGGCGCAGCAGGACGGAGCCACGGAGCCGCUCAGCGAGCAAGAACACAUGAGCAUCAGCGGCAGCAGCGCCAGACACAUGGUGAUGAGGAAGCUGCUGCGCAAGCAGGAGUCCACCGUCAUGGUCCUGAGGAACAUGGUGGGUCCGGAGGACCUGGACGACGACCUGGAGGGCGAAGUGACGGAGGAGUGUGGGAAGUUCGGCCGGGUGCGGCGGGUCGUGAUCUACCAGGAGCGUCAGGGCGAGGAGGACGACGCCGAUGUCAUCGUCAAGAUCUUUGUGGAGUUCUCAGAGGCGGCGGAGAUGAACCGGGCCAUCCGGGCGCUCGACCAGCGCUGGUUCGGGGGACGGAAGGUGGUCGCCGAGGUCUACGACCAGGAACGCUUCGACGGCAGCGACCUGUCGGCAUAGAUCAGGAACUUCUUCUUCUUCUUCAGUUUGUUUCUGUGCAGGACGUAAAGGACCAGACCGCUGCUUCUCAUCCUGUAACUGCAAACUGCAACUUGUUUUUCUAUUGAUCAAAGGAUCCAAACCAUCAAUGAACUGAUUUACUAACAAGUACUGUGUUUAUCAAAGCCUGUUAUA